GGACGGAGGAAGCUCAGUCGUCCGAGAUCAUCUAGCGAGGUUACAUGCGUUGCGCGGGCGCAUACACACACGUGCAACUCAAUCGUGUCAUAUACAACAAACAUCAGAUUUGAUCAAAUAUUAACAAUGAAUUUAACAGUAGCAAUGGACAACUACGAAGAUGCACUGACAGCUAAAGUAAUUACUAUGGUUUGCUUAUUUAGCAUUUCAAUGUUAACAGGCUGUUUGCCCCUACUCAUAUCCUUCAAAUUUGACUGGUUCACGAAAAGUAGCGACCCAAACCUUCGGGCGUCUAACCAAUUAGUGAUGGGACUGUUGGCUUUUGGCGGAGGUGUGCUGUUCUCUACUACGUUUAUGCAUUUGUUACCGGAAGUCGAUGAAAACAUUGAAUUACUGCAAGAGGAAGGACAGAUUCCUGAUAUGCCGAUAUACUUAGCUGGCCUUAUAAUGUGUGCUGGCUUCUUCAUGAUGUACUUAAUAGAGGAACUAGUGCAUUUGUACAUUCAAAGUAGGCAAAAGAAAGUUAUCGACAGUGAUGUAUCAAGGACUUUUGCUCUCAGAAAGGACUUCGAAGACGUUUCUUGUGAGGAACCAGCUAAAGAUCAGGAGGUUAAGGCUCAGAAUGGUCACGGUCAUAGUCAUAUAAUGACCACCUCGGAAGAUUCUGUGACGGCUGCGUUGAGAGGUCUUCUGAUAGUUCUGGCACUUUCCAUCCACGAGCUGUUCGAGGGUCUUGCUGUAGGGCUCGAGGCGUCAGUCGUAAAUGUGUGGUACAUGUUUGGUGCGGUGUCGGCUCACAAGUACAUAAUAGCGUUCUGCAUAGGGGUGGAGCUGUUGGCAGCAGGUCAGAAGAAGUGGUUGCAACUAGUGUACAUUUUCACAUUUUCCUUCAUGUCCGCACUGGGUAUUGGAAUUGGAAUACUGAUGGUGGGCGGCGCUGGAGCGGCCUAUGCUGGUCUUUAUUCUGUAGUAUUGCAGGGAAUAGCAUGUGGAACUCUAGUGUACGUGGUAUUCUUCGAGGUAUGGCGUCGAAACAACACGAAUCUUAUGCAGUUUGCAUGUUCACUUCUAGGUUUCUCAAUCAUGGUCAUACUCGGACUUGUAGUAGAGCUCAGUGUUUAGAUUUAUAAUUAAUUAAGCUAGAAAAAUUGUAAAAACUUGAUGAAAUUGAGAAGUUGAUUAAUUACUAUGAUUGGAAAGGGCAUUGCUUGAUUGUUUGUUUUUUGGAAUGUCAAGCUCAUAGGCCACCUGAUGGGAAGUGGCAAUCGUCGCUUAUAUCCAAGAAUAGCACAACAAACAUCUUGUGUAACUACCAUCCAGUGAUACCACACAUGCGUUGCCAUUUCGGAGGACAAAGAUGCUUCUUAUUCUGUGAUUUCACUGCCUUACUCUUUAACUGAAACAAAUUUUACAAAGUAAGCUGCUCGGGAUCUAAAAAUGGUUAGAUUAAGCUAUCAAAAAAUAAUACAUAAUGAUAACGCAAGAUUGUUACUAGCGUCAGCGAAAUUGGCGUCAUGGUAUACAUAUUACAUAGCCGUUAUAUCAUAAGAGUAUGUUAGUCUCUAGGUUAAGAACAUGUAGAUAUUAAACAUAAAUAAGAAAAUAGAUUUUAGAUAUGUAGACGGCAAGCUUUCAUUAAUUUUAUCUAGAUUUUUAAUUUUUAUCUUAUAACAGUAAGAAAUCAGAAAAUACGUAAAUAACGAGUUGUACUAGCCUUGACCGGAUUUUAAUAAGUAGGUAUUGUAUAUAUUCAUAGAUUAACCUUACUGUAAUCAUAGACAAUAAAAUAGGAGUAAGAUUUAUAUACUAGUUGGUAUUUAUUUAAUCGUAUAAUGAAGGACUCGAAAGAUAAAUUAGCUAAUGUACUUGUAGUCCUAAAUGCAGUAAAAUUAUUAAUGUUCCGUGCAGCCCGUAAAAAUAAUGAUAAAAAUAGUCAUACCCUAUGCAAUCUAAUUUUUGUCUAGUAUAUGUAUAUUAAACAUAAAUAGAAUGUGUUUGUAGUUAUAUCUCAUAAAUAUACACAUAUUUGUAUUAAAUUAUUUAGAAUAUUCUAUUUUAAACAUGGUAACUAUAUAUGUAGAUAUAUUCUUCGAACUCUCUGUAUAAUUAUUUUAGAGUAUCUACUACAACGACAUCAUUUGAAAAAUGAAUAGUUUUACGAAUAAAUGCGAAGAAAAUUGAAUAUAUUUCUUAAAAUAGACGAAUAAGUAAUUUUUAAGCGACAGUAUUACUGUGUGACUGAAUUAUUAUGAUGAAUUUUGUAGUAUUUCGUGUGAUAUUAUAAAUACUAGUUUCAAUAAUUGUAUAAUAUUGUAUAUAGAGUAUAAUGGUACAACAUUAGUUCUAAAGGUAAGCGUAAAUCUAGUGCUAAUAUUCAUACAUUUUUGCCCAUGUAACAAAAAGGAGAUUUAAAAAAUUUACGAGCUCUAAAUCAAUCACGUGACCGAGCGAUUUGUCUGACAAGAAACGAGUAGAUUAAAAAUUAAUAUUAAGUUUACUGCAUUAAUUAUGAAUACUAUACACUGACUUACAACUAAUCUUUGUAUGAUUUUUUGUGCUUAUAAUUUAUAUUAUUUGAUAUUAAAGGUUGUCAUCUUAAUUUUUAAAAUAGUCGUAUGUAAAGUUUAAUGUUCGAAGACCUAAUAAGUGUCUCAGUCCUCUAGAACCAUAAGCUCUGUUUAGUGCUAGUGGUGCUAUGUGAUAUGUCCAGGGUUAUAUUUAUGUGUGAUUGAAAAAAUAAAUGAA